AUAGCUGGAGUAUACGUAGAUGACAUAUUAAUCUCUGCUGAAACCGUUGAAAACAUAAAUGAAAUUAAAUCAUUUUUAGAAAAGAACUUCAAAAUGAAAGAUUUAAAGGAAGUAAAAAAGUUUCUUGGAAUGAAUAUAAAUUAAACAACUAUUAUGACCAUUCUUUGUCUACACAUUACUCAGUACCACGAAAAAAAAAUUCAACGUCCAAAAUUUGUUUCGUUUAAUUGUGAUCAUUAUUAU